UGGUAUCCGGAAGCUAACAAUCCCGUGAUGUCAGGAGGAGCUAUAGCACAUAGCACAGGAAUGAGUACAAGUGACUUUCUCUCGAGUUAAUGUGGACUUAAAAUGUGUUUCAGCGGUGACUGUCAGCUUAAAGUUGAGCUCCGUUGUCGUGUACCGACAUGUUGUUACCGGGGUUACCAGCUGUCGGAGGAUGUAUCCAUAACAACGGGAUGAAGAAGCCUCUCACAGGAUCUAACGGGAUGCCGUCGUUAGGCUAGUCUCUCCGGAGCCUGAGGUCAGAUUCAUGUACCACACACAGAGCUAACAGGCUAAUUAAUAUGGCUCGGUUGGUGUUGGAGCAGCUGUCAGAUUUCGGGGACUAUACUGGAGGUAAAGAGCUGACUGACAUCUUUAAACUGACUAAUAACAGUCUGUCAGAUGUGAGACUGAGCCCAGAUGGACGUCACCUUCAUGUCAUCCUCCACAAACCUAAGGUCGGUCUUGUGACUUUUGAUAAGUAUGAGAGACCCCAUCUGGCCCAGAACCAGAAGAAGCUGGACUUGAGGUGGACAAGGACUGUGCCUAUUGUGGAUGUUUUGUACUUGGACCAUAAUAAUAAUAACAGCAGCAGCAGGGACACAUCAUCAGCAGCUGUGGCUGUGGUGGUUUAUGAGACUGGAAAAGCUGAGUUUUGGAAAUUCCAGGAGUGCAAAGCUGGCUGGCAUCUCCUGCAGACAUCAGAUCUGUGCAACAGCCCCCGAGCCAGAGUGGUGUCUGUGUGUGCCUCCUCUAAUCUCAUCAUCUGGUGUGAGGAGAGGCCUCCUUCAGAGAGCACCCCUGCUCUCAGCUCCACCAGGAACAAGCUGAGAUACUGUGUCUGCAGACGGGACUUCCAGGUGGAGGAGGGGGCUGUCAGCUUGGGAGGAGUGAAAAUCGCCCUCCACAACAAUCCUAAAUUCACUGUGGUCAGCUCAGGUGAACAUGUACACCUUCUUCCUGACUUGAAGGUGAAGUUGAGUGCCUCCAAGUUUUUCCUGUCCUGGUCCCCUCGCCAGGACUCCUUCACAGUCAGCACCACAUGUAAAAACACUCCCCUGAGACAGCUUUCAGCUAAAGAGUCUGACCUAAAGCGGUUGGUGACAGACUGUUUGGGAUAUUUAUCGACUCUUGACCCGCCUGAGAUCUACGACUACUCUCCUACAGGCUGUGGAGGCCUGCUGCUGCUGCUCAGCACCGGCUGGGUGUGUCUCCUGCAGAGAGAUGGGACCCUACGGCGGGUAUACAAUCUGGCAGACAACUGUGUGGUAAAAUGUGGUACUCACACCAGCCUCUGCAUGUACCAGGACACCCUGGCGCUGCUGGUGGGGCAAAACCUGCAUCUGAUAGACGUGAACUGUGGCAGAGAGCUGGAAAAGAUCACGCUGAAGAAAGAGGGGCUGUUGUAUGUAAAUCAGGCUGAGAGAUGUGCACCUCACCUGCUCUCAGAAAGUGGACUUUUUGUGGUUGUGAACAGGGAGACGGGCUCCAGAGAUUGCAACUCUAAGCUGAAGCCCUCUGGUCUCGGUGUGGUGGAGAGUAUUCAUCCCGGAGCCCUCCUGGUGGAGGCCGUCUUCGAGGAGGCCUGUAAAUACUACCAGCAGAGGAGCCUGAGCAGCACCCAGCUCACUGUGGACACGCUGAAGAAAGGAGGUAGAUUCCAGGCUCCCAUUUCUUUAGCCUCCAUCCUCAGGGACUACCUCAGCGCAGGAUCGAGGCAGAAAGGAGAGGCGCCGUCCCAGAAUGGAGGAGGAGGAGGCGGAUGCACGGUGGGGCAAGACAAGCUAAUGGGCUCUCUGGAGGCUGAGCUCAAGGCUCUGGUCUCUCUGGAGGAGGUGAAGGGGAGUUUAGUGAGGGGGAAUGUUAAAGAGGUGGAGGCGGUGUGUGAGAAUCUAGUGGAGAAAGAAGUAGCCAGGCUGCUGUCGGCCUCUGAGCUGGAUAAAGAGGCUCUGCUUUACCUCAACUCCAUCUUCAGCAUCUUCCCCUGCCAGAUGUGGAGAGCAGCGCAGGCCGCCCUUCAGCUCCACUCCAGCAUGGAGGGCUCUCUGUGCAGCAGGGCCCCCUCAGACGUGUGGAAAACUGUCCUCAGUCCUGCCGUGACGCCCAGCGCCCCGUCCUCCCUCCCACUCACAAAUGGCGGGAUAAAACUCAAUCAUACCCUCAAAGGUGAUCCCAUCGCCAACUGUAAAUCCAAACCUACGAGCUCCACUUCCCCAGCUGUUCUGCCGGUGUUCGAGCUCCUCUGCCACUCAGUGUUCCGCUUCCAGCCCAGCUGGCUGCCCGGGUUCCUCGAACUCGCCCAGCAGCAGCAGGGCUCGGCCGGCCUGGGCCUCAGCCUGGCCUCUUCCUCCUGGGGCUACUCCGGCGGGAGAGGAGGGGAGGGUGGGGAGAAAAACGUGCCUCUCUACAAGCGAGCCCUGUGCGUCGUGUCCAGCCUGAGCCCGGACAGAGACCAGCGGCAGGACAUGGAGGUGGAGCUGCUGCUGGUCAGCGGGCGGCCCAAUGGCAUCCUGCAGUCGCUGAGGAUCCUCAUGGCCAAGCAGCAGUGGGAGCGGGUCACCCAGGUGGCCGGGAAGUUCUGCAAACAGAGUCCACUGCUCAACAAGGAGAUUUUCACCUCCCUGCUGUGCGAGGUGGCUCAGCACAGAGACCUGGACCCCUUUUUGGACCUGCUGUGGACGUUGUGCCCCGAGGACCUCACCGUCACCACCAUUCUCAACUUAGUGCUGAAAAACCUCCCCUCCACUAACACCCCUCCAUCUUCCUCCUCCUCCUUCUCCUCCAUGUCCAGCACAACCUCCUCAUCCCCGGCUCCCUUCGCAGACUCCCACAGCAGCCAGUUGACCAUCGGGCUGUUGAAACCUCUGCUGAGAAAAGUCCUUCAGAGGGAGACCAAGCCUAGCCAGCGUUACGCAGACAUCCUCCAGUCGCCAACAUUCCCCCCUCCCGCACCUCCUCGCCAGCCUACAGAGCAACCCAGGACUGUCACAGAUCCGAGCACGGACUCAUCUCUCGGCGACAACGUCGCCCCGGCUUCUCUCGCAGAAACACCCGAACAACAGUCGUCCACGUACACAAAUGUCCCACGAGCCAGGGUGGCACUACCUGCUAACCCAGUCUGAUCUGACACAGACAUGAACAAAACCUGUCUCGUAAAAAAAACAUUCCAACACAUAAUCUGACCAAACUGUGAAGCGGUUGCGUGUUGACAAUCAAAUUAAAACCGAAUAAUGUCAGUAUAUUACAGGUAUCAUCAGUUAAUUGUGAUAUUUCAUGGUGUUUUUAAAAAAAAAGAUUGCAGAUGAAGUGUGACUACUAGAAACUAUGAAAUGACUACUGAAGAUCUUACCAGUGUAAAUACCGCUGGUAAUUUUAAGUCUUAAUGUGUAUAUACUGUAUCUGCAAUGUUAUUUAUCUCUUAAGCCUUAACUGCACGUGGAUGAGAAUGUUUUUUGCAUAUAGUCUUGCAUUGAAUGAGCUUAGCCUUUAUCAGAAUACCAGAUAAUAUAUUGUGUUAACACAGUGUAGUGUUAAUCCGCUCAGUCAAAAACAAAGCCACUAACUCCCAUCUUUUGGGGUUGAUUAAAUCUGUGUGUAGAGUAGCCUUCGUCUUUGCCUUCAAAGUAGCUGAUGUCUGCUAAUUGUAGCCGAGUAUUGCUGCCUUUCAGUGGCUGAUGUCAAAGUGUGUUCAUGCAGUGGGUAAUCUACUGAGACAAGCUGGCCUUUGUGUUUGAAUGUUUGUUUUAAGUAUGGUUUAGAAGAGGAGGAGGGGAGAGGGGUCCAAGGUUCCUUUACUGACUUCUAGUUUUGUUCUUAACCAUGUGCUUAAGUGCUUAACCAUUAACCUGGUUUCGAUGGGCUCAAAUAGACCAUGUAACCUCUGUAAACCAAACCCAAAAACAGGCUGCCUGCCUGGCUUUUGCUUCCAUUUUUCAAUCUCCGUCAUCCAUUUCUGUCUCCAGACUCCAUCUUGUCCUUUCCCGGCUCACAGGACAUUCCAGACAUAAUACCCAGUAGAAGUGACUCACAGUCCGACUUUAAAUUCAAUUUCGGAGGUAAUUCUGUUAGGAAUCGAGCUGUGACCAGCAUAGACGCCCUGCUGCUCGCAUAAGGUCACGUACGUCCUCCUUCAUGGACCCAGUGAGGGUAACGUUAUUAGAGAUGUUAGGUCCUUAGUUUUCUCCACGCUCUGGAACCGAUUGCACUUUUACAUCGCCCCAGUCAGUAUUUGUUUGUACCAUGCAUCUGUUGAAAUGAAUGUUUUCUGAUUUAAGUGCCGUAAACAAAAGUAUAUAUUUAAGUGCCUAUUGUCUCUGUUAAUGUUUGAGCAGCCUAUACAGCUUGUUUUAAUCAAAGAAAAGUGUUUCUUUGUAUGUAAAUGUGGAGCCCGCCGAAACAAAAUGUUAUUUAUUUUGUAACAAGGACAACCUUUUGAGUUACUGACGGAGAAUCUCUUGUGACAAUCAGACUCCAAAAUGCCGCAGAACAAUCAGAGUGCCUGCUUUUCAUUUACAGGGUAGCGUCACAUUCCUGCUGGGUCUCCUCAGCUUCUCAUAUCCUGGAGAAAGAACUGGAGGUAGAUCAGAGGAGAGCAGCGCUCAAAAUCUUUUUUUUUUUCAUUUUAAACAUUUUAAUUUCCAUAUGAAACCUGCUGAUUUUCUUACUAAUGGUGUGGUUGCAAGCUCUGUACACUUAAAACAAGCAUGACAAAAAUCUGUGUGACUGAUUUCAGUUCAGUGCCAUGAGUUUCGCUGUGUACCAGACAUGUUUCAACCCAUCUGAGAGGCAACGGGAACUCCCUGACUUUCCCAGACAGCCCGCUCAGCCUGAUGUCACGACUGGCACAGAUGUUAAAUAUUAAUUUGCCUUAAACUUUUGCUUCUGGUCUCUGUUAACAAACAGGUAUUCCUCCUGGAUUUACUCGACAGAUAUUUUGUUUACUUUUGGCGAUGCUCUCCUUCAAGCGUUAUUUGAAAAAAAAAAGAAAAUGUAUACAAGUAUUUAUGAUCUGAUGCUGUAUGCUAUUAAACUGAAGAUAAAACUUC